UAUUAUCCAAGUACAAAUUUUCAGAAAUAUAGCAAGAGAGAGAUUUUUGUUUGGGUCACUAGCCCGCCACGAGGGAAGUCAAGAAUCAAAACUUCAUUCUAAAGCACAACGAAGCAAUACUCAAAGAACAAAGAACAAGGAACAAUGAUGACACACCCUUUAAUUACCUGGGCAUCGGUGGUUGCCCACGAACUGCCAUCAAAUGAAUCUCGACCGAAACCAGUCUUGACACAAGCACCAAUUGCGUCACCAGUACCAACACCAAUUGCAACACCAUCGGUAUCUCCAAUGGAUAAUGCUGUGCCGACUGUGUUUCAGGAACCAAAUCCUCAACCUAAAAAUCGACAACGAAGCUAUCGACCAAAUCGCUCUAGUGUCUACCGGUUGUACCAACAAUUUCCGCCCCCAAUGGGCUGGCAGACACUAGGUCGCCCACCACCACCAUUAUUAGCUGGACCUGUUUACAACUUACCGUCGCAACGGACAAUCGAACUCCAGAAUAUGAUUUGGGAUAGGGAACAGCAACAGCGGCGACUAUUUAGGCCACCAUUGUUGGCUUACCAGGAUGCAACAGUCGGGCAGGAGGAACCAAAGUACGAUACGGGCAUCCAACAGGAGCGCGAUGCUUACGCUGAGACACAGUGGCAGCCACUGAAAUACUCUCGUCAAGUGUGGGAUCCACUGGACAUGAGCCAACGCAGCCAAGAUCCUACCCGUCUGAUUGGACCACCGCCUCCGGGCUUUGAUCAUGUGUUCUGCGGCAAGCGAUCCUUGUCGAUUCGCUCUCGCCAUCUGCUCGGCGAGCAGGUGAAAAGUGGUCCACCCACCGCAUAUCCAACACCACAACCAAUGUUGACCACAGAGGAGGAUCUGCGUGAACAGCAUCAUUUCUUAGCUGACAAAGACACACAUUUAGUUAAUCUUCUGGGCCAAGUGAGGGUCAGCAACGGUGGCACCGGAGAUGGCCAUUAUGUUCGCGCAGUGCGCAAGUUGUUGCCAAUGGCUGAGAGUAUGUCACCAACUGGUUGUAGUAUCAACUUUUUGGAAAUGAUGCGUCGCAAUCAAAACAAUCAAGCAAGACCAUGUAUUCAAAAUCAGAAUCAAAAUCAAAAUGAGAAUACUCUCGUGACGGACAAAGACCAGGUACCAAAUAUGACAAUGGAUGAUACUCCAUGUCCAAAAGGUUCGCUAGACUAAAGCUAAGCCUAUUCAUAUUAACAAAUCAAAAGAAAAUUAAUUCUUAAUAAAUUUAGAGAAUGUUGUCAAACAAAUGUUUGACAAUAUUUUUACUACACCUAUUGCAUUUCAUUUUCACAGAUUAAACAUUUUUCA